UCAACUGUCAUCCAACUGUCAACAAAAGUUCUUUAAGAAGUUGUCAAGUUAACGCCGUUUCGUGGUUAAUCGCCAAGAUGGACUCUUUGGACGUUUUGGAGAAACGUAUUGCAGCCCUCGAGCUGCAAAUUCUCCCCAAAAACCCCAAUUUCACAUCCGACGACAAGACCCAAGAAAUCACCGAUUUGUUACUCCAAACCCAAACAAUGAUCAGUUCGGCUUUAAGUUGCAGAGAAGCAAUCACCUCCAUCUUACAACAUAUGACAACAAUCAAUGAGUAUCUUGAUCCAAGUAAUGGAGAAAACGAGUUAGAAGUGGAGGCUAAGCGUCACUAUUUGUUGGAAUUGUACCCCGAGUUGAAAGACACAGUUAAACUGAUUUCAACGUUUGAGAGUCUGACUCCUUACACCGACUCAAGUAGUGUCAUUAAAGUUACAGAGCUGACUGAUAAAUUAGAAAGUUUAGCUGUGUCAAAUUUGAAAAUAUUUGAAGAGAGUCAGGAAGUUACCAAAAAAACUGUCAGUGCGUUGCAACAGUACAAUGAUAUAAUCUCUACAAUUAAAGUGUUGUUUUCGCAAUUAGAUAAGGCCAUUACCGAUUUGGAGGCAGCUUUGUUACCUAAAUUUGUUACAGAAGAAUAAUUUUAAGUGUUUUUCUUAUACACACUCUAUUAAUAUUACCUGAUUAAUUUGUGUUGGUUUUGUAUUUGUUUAAACUUCAUUGUACUUUUAAAGAGCCGAGUUGUCAAUAAAUCAUGUUAAAAGAG